AUGGACAACUUCGACGUGAUCGAACACAAGGUGCCCGCUGCCCACCUACGCGAGUUCCCACGAGCCACAGCAAACUCGGAAGAAGAUGUUCUUUACCUUGCAGUCAAGCAGUACAUCCCAAAAAACAAUCGCAGCCCGGAACCUGGGGAUGUCACAUUGAUAGCAGCACAUGCAGUCGGCUUCAACAAGGAACUUUACGAACCUCUCUGGGAAGACUUAGCAUCUCGAUCAGAAGCACAGGGAUGGCGAAUCCGAAGCAUAUGGGUGGCAGACACUGCCUGGCACGCCGCAAGCUACGCACUCAACGAGACGGUCAUCGGCAACGACCCAGGCUGGUACGACCACCCUCGCGACCUCAUGAACCUGAUCAACCUGAAGCGCUCCGAAAUGCCACGCCCCAUCAUCGGCAUUGGCCAUAGCAUGGGAGGCUGUCAAAUCGCCAAACUAGCCCUAGACCAUCCCUCCCUCUUCACAACAAUCAUCCUCAUCGACCCCGUCAUCCAAACCAAAAGCGCAGAAAUCACCCCCGGCGAAAAAUCCAACGCAGCAAAACAAUCCACUUUCCGCCGCGACCUCUGGCCUUCUCGAGACCAAGCUAAAACCUCGUUCCUCAGAUCCCCCUUCUACAAAAUCUGGGAUCCGAGAGUUCUCGAUCGUUGGGUGAGAUUUGGUCUGCGAGAUUGUCCGAAUCCUCAACAUCCUGAUGCGAAUCCCCCACAGGUCAGUUUAUCCACACCUCCGGCACAGGAAGUCUGGUCUUUUUUACGACCGAAUUACGAAGGUUAUGGUGAAGAUGGCAAACCCAUAAAUCGAGCAACACAUCCAGAUAUCGACCCUCGAGUCCCGAAUCAGUUUCCUUUCUAUCGUUCCGAACCCAUCGCCGUACACGCACGACUUCCCGAAUUGCGGCCUAGUUGUUUGUAUGUUUUUGGCGAGUUGUCGUUUAUUGCUGAUGCGGCGAGGAAUUUGCAGAAGACGGUGAUGACGGGGAUUGGAGUUGGGGGUUCUGGGGGUAAGGCUGAGGGACAGGUGAAGGAUGUUACGUUUGAAGGUGUUGGGCAUUUGAUUCCUAUGGAAGUUCCUGGCAAGACGGCGGAGGCGAUUGCGGAGUGGGUUGGUGAGCGGUUGGUGGUGUAUGGAGAGCAGAGAAGGAGGUUGGAGGAGUGGUGGGCUAGGCCUUUGGGUGAGAAGCAGAGGGUUGAUGAGAUGUGGAUCAAACAUAUGGGUGGAGGGCCGAAGAAGGUAGGGAGCUCCUCAAAGAUCUAA